AAACAACAGCGGCAGCCGUAGUCGCAGCAGCAGCAAAAACAUCUCUCAGUUUCCACUGGCCGAUGUGCUGCCGUUUGUUACUUUACUUGUGUUCCACUUUCAAUAGUGUUUGGUUUCUUGCGAGUAACGGACGUAUCGUAUCGGCAAAUCGGAGUAAUUAUUAUUAAAUGUUUAUCAUUGAAAUUGUUUAAUAACGAAAUACGACAUUCGAGUUGCAUUUUUUUGUUGUGCUGCAUUAAUUGGUUCACCAGCAAAGAACCUACUGAAGAAGUCAUUUUGCAUUGUGCGGCGGAGUGCGGGAUUUGGUCAGGAUCGGUGCUGCUGCGUGUAUACGUUGCGUUUCGGAUAUAAAAAAAAGAAGAAAAAUAAUAAUAACAACAAAAAUACCGCGUUAUCUAAACGUUCACAUAACAUGUGAAUGGUGGCUUGCCAAAAAAUAAAAGAAAGGGGAGUUUGAAGAGUGAGUGUAAAAUUUUCGGGUUCUCCUCCCCCUCUCAAAAAAAAAAAAAAAAAGCAAUCGACCAAUCAUACAUCAAUUUUUUAAAGUGGAAGACGACAACAAUAAUUUUAAUAUUGUCUGUGGCAGUGGCAUUGAAAAAAAUAUCACAAAAAAAGAAUAAAAAUAUCAUCGAAUAAAAAAUAAAGAAUAAAUAAAAAUAAUAAAAAAAAGUGAUUUAAAACAAAUAAAGCAAACCUCGUUCGAUAAAAAAAGAAGUCUAUCAUCAACGCAUCACAAGUUGCAUUGCUGGAAAUUUGAGGUCAGUUAUUAAAAUUUUGUCGACAUUUAGCCACAACAGAGGAAAUUCCUUUGCGAUUAAAACAGCAAAAACAACAACAUUUCAUCAGAUAAGCAAACGUGAGUGCCGACAACAAGUCUUGCGGUGAAUGGUGAAAAUUAAGUGAUUUUUAUCCGUUGCACUGAAAAGGUGUUCUGCAUCUCUAAUUCGAAAUAAAGAUAACUUGCCAUUUAACUUAGAGGAAAACAAUUAUUCAUAAAAAAUGACAUAACCUCAACAUACGAAAUGUAAACUUCUAUUCUCAUAACGUGGAGAAUUUAGAAUAAAAAAGGAUACUGUGAUAAAAAAUUAGAAGACAGGAGUAAUUGAAAGAAGAAAAACAAAAUGCGACUCCACAAUAUAAAUAAGUUAGCAAUUAGCGUCAGCUUAUGUCUGCUGUUUACGCUGAAUUUAUUGUUGUUGUCGACAACAGCAAAUGCGGCCAAAGAAAACAUACCAACAUACCAUGAACCGGAAAAGGAGGAAAGAACUGGUUCCCGCGCUACGGAACAACAUCAUCAGAGACAAAGUCAUCAGAAUCAUCAACAGAAAACUGCACAUCACUAUCAAGAGCAACAACAACACCAUCAACGGCACCAGCCACAAAGGCAGCAUCAUUAUCAGCCACAGCAACACCAACAACAACAUCAAAAACAUCAUCAAUCACAAACGGCAACACAUCAUGACAGCCAUCAACGCCAGCCGCGACAACGUAACUCGGGUCCUGGCCCACAAACCUCCAAACGUUUCUCUCGCGACUCUCAGGCAUCUAGUCGUAAACCCAAUAUAAUUCUAAUUCUCACCGAUGAUCAGGAUGUUGAAUUGGGUUCGUUGAAUUUUAUGCCACGCACUCUGCGUAUCUUACGUGAUGGUGGGGCAGAGUUCCGUCAUGCCUAUACCACAACGCCAAUGUGUUGUCCAGCCAGAUCAUCGCUGCUGACUGGCAUGUAUGUCCACAAUCACAUGGUCUUCACCAACAACGACAACUGUUCCAGUCCCCAGUGGCAGGCCACACAUGAGACCCGCUCCUUUGCCACAUAUCUAUCGAAUGCCGGCUAUAGAACCGGUUAUUUUGGUAAAUAUCUCAAUAAAUACAAUGGUUCCUAUAUACCACCGGGUUGGCGAGAAUGGGGUGGACUCAUCAUGAAUUCGAAAUACUAUAAUUAUAGUAUCAACAUGAACGGGCAGAAGAUUAAGCAUGGAUUUGAUUAUGAAAAGGACUACUACCCGAAUUUAAUAGCCAACGAUUCUAUAGCAUUUUUGAGAUCAUCAAAACAACAAAACCAAAGAAAACCUGUGAUGUUAACAAUGAGUUUUCCAGCACCGCAUGGUCCCGAAGACUCGGCGCCCCAGUAUAGUCAUUUAUUUUUCAAUGUUACCACACACCACACGCCAUCCUAUGACUUGGCACCCAACCCCGAUAAACAAUGGAUUUUAAGGGUUACCCAACCCAUGGAACCGGUACAUAAACGUUUUACAAAUCUUCUAAUGACCAAACGUCUGCAGACUCUACAAAGUGUAGAUGUUGCCGUGGAAAGAGUCUACAAUGAACUGAAAUCGCUGGGAGAAUUGGAUAAUACCUACAUCAUCUAUACCUCCGAUCAUGGUUAUCAUUUGGGCCAGUUCGGUUUGAUCAAGGGUAAAAGUUUUCCCUUUGAAUUUGAUGUGAGAGUACCAUUUUUGGUUCGUGGUCCCGGAAUACAACCCUCAAAGGUGGUUGAAGAAAUCGUUUUAAAUGUGGACUUGGCUCCCACCUUCCUGGAUAUGGGCGGUGUUCCAACACCCUCCCAUAUGGAUGGCCGCAGCAUUCUGCCAUUGCUUUUAAAUAAACAGAAAUUCAUGAAAGAACCCUGGCCGGAUUCAUUUCUCAUUGAAAGUUCCGGUCGUCGUGAAACACCCGAUCAAAUUGCUGAGGCCCGAGCCCGUUUGCAGGCCGAACGUAGCAAUAUGAAACUGGCGAAUAGUACACUGCUCGAGGAUCUCGUAGAGAAUGUAACAUCAUCAUCGACAACAACACCGCCACGCAUGGAUAUCAUGGAAAUGGAGUCAAGGGAGGAGGAUCAAUUCGGAGAACAUGGUAAAGAAACUGAUAACGAAGAUCUCACCGAUGAUGACUUUGAAUUUGAGACUGAUGACGAAGAGACGGAUACUUCAGCUGCCAUAAAUGAAGAGGAUGACGAAAACGAGGCAACAGAUGAUGAGCUGGAACAACAGGACAAAUUCGAUAAUAAUUUACCUCUGACUCCAUAUACCACAAAAAUGAUGCGUCUGAAUUCUGAAUGUUCGGAUCCAAGUCUUUUGGAAGAUUGUCGAGCCGGACAAAAAUGGAAAUGUGUGAAUGAAAAUGGACGAUGGCGGAAACACAAGUGUAAAUUCCAUUUACAAUUACAGCACCAUUUGGCAGAAAUUUCCAAAUAUCCUAAGGGUCAAAAUAAACGGAAUUGUGCCUGUUUUACACCGGAUGGUGUGGUCUAUAUUAAACCCGAAGUUCGGAAGAGAAACCAAAACUUUGGUAAAAACUCUCGUCGCCACAAAAGAGAUACCGAGAAUUUUGACAUUGAAGAGCUCUAUCACUCCGAGUUACCCUAUGAAAUGGAGGAGCUACUGGAUAUCCAUAAAAAUCUGCAUAAUCUUGAGCAGCAUUUGUUGGAACAGCACAAGAAGAAGGCAGAAACGCUCUCCCGACCCAAACGGGAACUGACUGCAAAUCUAUUUGAGCCUCCCGAAACCUUGAACAGUGAAGAGAACAAGAAGAACAAUGCCUCUAAUGAUGCCAUAUCCAAGGUAAUACAAGAAAUUCAGGAUACCCUGGAAACUCUAGAACUGAAAUUUGUCGAACAUGAUUGGACGGUGAACAGUACCUCCAAGACUGCAGCUACGAGGAUGACCUCUGCCGGAUUUGUAAGGGGUGGAAAGUUCCCCAAAGUAGGUGGUCGUGUUGGCACCCGAUGUUAUAUUGAAUCUCAGAGCGGCAAGGUCAAUUGUUCCGAUGUCAUUUAUGAUGACGAGAAGACAUGGCGUAAAUCGCGAUCACAAAUUGAUAUGCUCAUCAAGGUGCUGAAGGAUAAAAUCACCCAUCUGAAGGAUAUCAAGAAGCAGCUUAGGGAAAGUAAGCAACAGCAACAACAGGGUAGCCAUUGGAACAAUGAAUUUGUCAACAACAAUAGAGGAGAGAGCUACAAUACUGGCGAUGGAAAUACGAAUGGCUAUGGCACAGGAUAUCGCCAUCAGAAAGGUCGUCAUCGUGGACAACAGCCUGGCUAUAAUCGGCAUUACAACAAUGCCGGAGUUAUGGGUAAUCCGGCCAGUUCUGGCGGUAGGAGAAGAAUAAUUGAGGCAAAUGUUGAACAUCCAGAAUUUGAUAUGAACUAUUUCACAACAACGUCAAGAAGAACCAAUUAUGAGGACCUAAUGACCUCGACACAGAAAAAUAAGCAUCGCAGCCAGCAGCUAGUGCCAAAUUCAUAUUCGACCACAAAUCUGCCAGAAUCUCCAAAGAAAAGCACACCAUGGCGGGGUGCAUCGGAGGAAGUUUCUCAAGGCAGUUAUGAGGAGUCUGCUUAUCCAAGCUCAACCCUGGAAAGCAUAACAUCCAGCUCUGAAAUGGGUCAAAGGACCAAACCCAAACACCGAGGCCAAAAGGAAGAGGUCAAGGAGACCUAUUACAAUUCCAGGCAUGACACUGGCAAUACACAGUUUUCAGGACCUGCAGAGUGUUAUUGUGAACCGGAUACAGACUAUCCAGAUUCCAAAGAAAUUGCCCGAGAGGCCAGACGUAAAUUGAAAGAGGAGAGGCAACGCAAAAAGGAAAGAAAACGCAUCAAGAAGGCCCGUCUUGAAAAGGAAUGCUUGUCGGAGAAAAUGAAUUGUUUCUCACAUGACAAUAGCCAUUGGCGUACCGCCCCCCUGUGGAAUGACAGUCCAUUCUGUUUCUGCAUGAAUGCCAAUAAUAACACCUACUCCUGUCUGAGGACCAUAAAUGCCACCCACAAUUAUUUGUAUUGUGAAUUUACCACCGGAUUGAUAACGUUUUAUGAUUUGAAAAUUGAUCCAUUUGAAACCUUGAAUCGCGCCACUUCCCUAAGUCAAGCCGAGAAAUCGUAUAUGCAUGACACUUUGGCUAAACUUAAAAAUUGUAAAGGUAAAAGUUGUACAAUAAAACGUACAACGGUAGUGGUUAACGCUGCCAAUGCGACAAGUAAUAAUGCCGUGUUACCACGAGGCACAAAACGCAAACAUGUUUCCAGUUUGAUAUCCUCAUCGCUAAAUGGUAAUUCCGAUUUCAUUUCUAAUCGCAUGGACUAUGAAGGAUCCCAGGCGAAACGUAGGAAGUUGUCAAGUCGCUGGCCACCAAGUACCACCAUAAACAACAACAACAAUAAUAUACGACGCAACAAAUGGAAAUUGCAACAUGUAAAUCAUCAGCAUCAUUCCUAUUAUAAUCCUCAUCAGAUGGGUCAACAUUUAAGACCACCAGCCUACAAUACCAAUCACCACAAUAGGAUGAUACAUCAACAACAACAACAGCAACACCAUCAUCCACAGCAGCAGCCGCAGCAGCGACAGUCACCACAAUCUAUAGCAUCGGAGCGGGGUAAUAGUAUUCGCAGAAAUCGUUAUCAUGAAGAGGACACACAAUACCAGCAACAAAACUAUCCACACAAUGUUGAAGUUAAAAAGGCGCUGGCAUCAGCAGUCAACACAACAACGACAGGGCAACAAAUGAAAGAGGCCAAGGAUAUUAGUGUGGGUGGUGGCCACAAAAACGACAACAAUAAUAAUAGUAAUACAACUUCAUAUUCAGAAACUGUUGCCGCUGAUGGUAACAAUUCCAAUUGGAUGUCAUCGUCUUCUUCUUCGUCAACACCAGUGCCAUCAUCCGAUUCUGUGGCAGCAGCUGCUGCAGCAUCAUCAUCCCUGCAGACAUUAAGUGGCGAAGACCAGAUGGACGAUGCAGCUGAGUUUUUAAGAAUUCAGAAAAACCAACAGCAGCAUCAACAACAGUCCCAACAGCAACCUAUGACCACAUUACCCGAAUUAAGCCUGUAGUUAAGUAUUUAAAUUGUGAAUUCCUUAAAAAAAUAUUUUUUGAAACAAAAAAAAAUAACCAACCAAUUAUCCAAAACAAAUUUUGUCAUUAGAAUAUUUAUAAGUUAACAAGAAAAGCAAAAAAAUUAUGCGCGUUAUUUAGGCAAAGCAAAAGUGAACCAAAAAAAAAAAAAAAAUCUAUGAUCGAUCUACUCUGGGACGAUGCAGGCAUUAUGAGCAGCUAUGCAAAGGAUCAAAACAUUUUAGGGACAUGGAAAUUCAAAACCUGAAGUGUUUUAGUUGCGAUAGAUAGAUAAUCCUUAAAAAAAAUUUAAAAUUCCACAAUUUUCAAAUCGAAUACAAAAUUAUUAAAAAUAUUUGCCUAAAGAUUCGUAUAUAGCUUCGUUUAUGGAUGGUCAUGAUGCCUUUAUUGUCCCACCACAAACAAAAUUCAUUCCCAUUAAAGAAAAAAAAAACAAACCAAACAAGACGUCCGCUCAAAUGAAAAUCAACAAAGUUUGAAAUGAUAUUAACGAAAAUUCGAAAUUAUUUAUAUAUGUAGUAAUAUAUACGAACAAAAAUUAUAAGUAUGUAUAUGCUCAUUAAUUAUUAGAAAAAUUAAAAACAAAAAAUUAAAUAAUUUAGAGAAGAAAAACAACGCUCCUCUCAACAACAUAUCCGCCAACUGCAUAUCUCUAUCUCUCUCUAUUUCUCUUCUAAACAAAACCGUCAAACAUUAAAUAAUUUACUAUUAUUGUUGUUGUUAGAUAACCUAAUGAAAUCGGAAAACAUAAAGAUAAACAUAACCUAUAAUUCAUAAUUAAGCUAAUCGGUAGUUAGGUGGUGUUAUACGAAAGGAUAUGAUGAGAAGGGAGUCUCUUAGACUUUCAGAAGACGAACUGAAGGGAGUCUUUUAGACUUUCGUAAGUCGAGCUGAAGGGAGUCUUUAUGAAAGAGCUAAGAGAGGAGUCUGUAUAGAUAAGCUGGAGCCCAGUGAGUCUCUAUAGACGAGCAGCAGCCCAGGGAGUCUCUAUAGAUGAGCUCUGGCCCAGGGAGUCUCUAUAGAUGAGCUGGAGCCCAGGGAGUCUCUAUAGACUAGCUGAAGCCCAGGGAAUCUUUAUAGACAAGCUGGAGUCUGUAUAGACGAGUUGGAGCCCAGGGAGUCUCUACAGAUGAGCUGGAGCCCAGGGAGUCUCUACAGAUGAGCUGGAGCCCAGCGAGUCUCUAUAGAUGAGCUGGAGCCUAGCGAGUCUCUAUUGAUGAGCUGAUGGUCAGGGAGUGUCAACAGACGACCUGAAGGUCAGGGAGUGUCAAUAGACGAGCUGAAAGUGAGGGAGUGUCAACAGACGAGGAGUCUCAAUAGACGAGCUGAAGGUCAAAGAGUCUCAAUAGACGAGCUGAAGGGCCAGGGAGUCUUAAUAGACGAGCUGAAGGUCAAAGAGUCUCAAUAGACGAGCUGAAGGUCAGAAAGUCUUAAUAGACGAGGUGAAGGUCAAAGAGUCUCAAUAGACGAGCUGAAGGUCAGAAAGUCUUAAUAGACGAGCUGAAGGCCCAGGAGUCUCAAUAGACGAGCUUAAGGCCCGGGGGUCUCAAUAGACGAGCUGAAGGCCCGGGGGUCUCAAUAGACGAGCUGGUGUCCAGGGAGUCUGUAUAGACGAGCUGGUGGCCAGGCAGUCUGUAUAGACGAGCUUAUUCCCAAUGGAUGAUAAUUAUCCCCACUGAUUGAUAAUUUAUGCAUAUUCCUGGAUAAUUGUUCCACGUUGGAAAACUUAUCCUCAUGUCUGGAUAAUUUAAUAAAUUUGGGAGUAUAUUUUAUCUACAUUGGGUUGUGUGACAUAUAUCUCAUGAUAUCUUUUCGUAUAACUCCUGAAACCAAAUCCCACAUUAUUCCGAACUGCUUAUUAGUCUCUGUAAUUAAACAGGAAUUACAACAAUAAUAAUUGUUGAUCUGCCAUUGCAACUUGUAGUUGAAAGCUAUUUUAAGGAUACAACUCCUUUGCAGGCUUAUGCGUAACAACUAACGCAUAUCUCUCCUACAAAUAACGUCUUACUCUAAUCUCUAUAUAUAAACAUACAUAUAACAUGCUCUAUAUUAACAACUAAAGUAACUAAAUUAUGCUUAAUAAAAAAACAACACUAAAAUAUGAAAAUGUAAUGAAAAACAAUUUAACUACCCCUGGUUUAGAAUUUUCAAACGAUUUCAAAAUAUGUAAUAUUAAUUGGCAUUAAUUCAUAAUUUUCCACACACACACAUUCAAAGAACCUUUUUGAACUAUUAAAUUUAAAAAUAAGCAAACAAACAAAUCCUAUAUACUAUUUCUCCUUCUAAACUUCGAGCAAUUGGUUUAUGUGUAGAAAAAUAAAAUAAAAAAUUAACAAAACGAAACCAACAAUUACUAAACAUAACUAUAUAUGUUGUUUAAAACUAAGACUGUUUACAAAAUAAUUAAAAACCAAUUACAUAUAUAAAUGGAGGCAAAGUUUAAAUAAAUUAAAAAAAAUUGUGUUGCAAAAAAAGAAUUAGUUUUUGCCAGUUGUUAAAUUAAUUUUACCAACAUAGAAAAAAAAAAACAGAAAAGAAAAAAACUACCAGCUACUUUGCUAUAAUUAAUAAGUUGUAAUUACAUAUAUGUUUUAAUAAAAAUAAAAAAUAUCCCACAACGUUUAAAAGUGUUAAUGGAUUUUUCUUUAGAAUAAAUAAAUAUUAUCUAUAUUUCUUUUCCCCUUCGUCUUCUUGCCAUUUUCUAUAGAUAUAUAUAAUGUAUGUAUUUAUGUAUUCAAUUUAAUUAUUUCUUGGCAAUAUUUUCUAUAAACGUUUAUAUAUUUAUUUUU